CCUUCUUUCACUCCUUCUUUCACUACUUUCCCAUCCCUAUCUAAUUCAAUUCAACACAACACACACAAACGCAACAACAACAUCGUUAAAUUCGAACCCAUUUCUUAACUUGUUUCAAUUCAACUUCUUCAUUCUUCAAUCUUCUUCAUUCCCAUUAAUUCAUCACCACCCAUUUUCAAUUCUCAAUUUUUAAUCUUCUCCAUAAACCUUUACACUUGUUAACACAAGACCCAGAUUUCGUUUUUUUGUUUUUUUUCGAUUUUUUUUUUAUCAAUAAAAAAAUGUUGAAGCUUUCAUGCAAUGCGGUGGACCGGGUUCAACUCAUGGCUCAAUGCGGGUUUAUGGGUCGACCCAGUUCAUUUUUCUCCGGCCGGAAUUCGGUUACUGGAUUCCGAUCAACAAAGGUGUGUUCUGUUCAAGCUGUAGUGUCAUCUAAAGAUGGUGCGGUGGUGAACCGGGUUGAACCGGAAAUUGGGAGUUUAGCGGACCGGUUGCGGCUUGGGAGUUUAACUGAAGAUGGAUUAUCUUAUAAAGAGAAGUUUAUUGUUAGAAGCUAUGAAGUUGGAAUCAAUAAAACUGCUACUGUUGAAACCAUUGCUAAUCUGUUACAGGAGGUUGGAUGUAAUCAUGCUCAGAGUGUUGGAUUUUCGACCGAUGGUUUUGCAACAACCCCUACCAUGAGAAAAUUACAUCUCAUAUGGGUGACUGCUCGCAUGCACAUUGAAGUCUACAAAUACCCUGCUUGGGGUGAUGUUGUUGAAUUAGAGACAUGGUGUCAAGCGGAAGGGCGGGCUGGAACAAGGCGCGAUUUUAUAAUUAAAGACUACGCAACCAAUGAAGUCAUUGGAAGAGCAACAAGCAAGUGGGUAAUGAUGAAUCAAGACACCCGGAGACUCCAAAAAGUUUCAGAUGAAGUUCGAGAAGAGUAUUUGGUUUUCUGUCCUAGAGAGCUAAGGUUGGCGAUUCCUGAGGAGGAUAGUAAUUGCUUAAAGAAAAUUCCAAAAUUGAAAGAUCCUGCUCAAAAUUCUAGACUCGGUCUUGUGCCUAGAAGAGCCGAUCUCGACAUGAAUCAGCAUGUUAACAAUGUCACCUAUAUUGGAUGGGUUCUUGAGAGUGUGCCUCAAGAAAUCAUCGAUAGCCAUGAGUUGCAGAGUAUUACCUUGGAUUACAGACGAGAAUGCCAACAAAACGACAUAGUUGAUUCACUAACAAGUGUAGAAACAAUUGAGGAAGCUGAGGUUAUUCCAGAACUCAAAGGUACAAAUGGAUCUGCAAAAGCGAAGGAUGACAAACAAGAAUGCCAACAGUUUCUUCAUCUACUUAGAUUGUCUACCGAGGGACUUGAAAUAAACCGAGGGCGAACAGAAUGGAGAAAAAAAGCUCCAAGAUAAGAGUUUAUCAAUUAUUUCUAGAGUAAAGAUUUUCUACAUAUAUUGAAUCAGUUUGCAUAGAUUUCUCAACUAGUAUUUUUCAAACAAAAUUAAAAGAAUAUUUGUAAUAAUUAUGUGUUUUUUGUUUGUUUGACAGAAUAACUGAGUUAUUUUUUUUUUGUUAUUUAAACAGUAGUUUCUUGUGUAACUUGAAAUUAAUGUUUACAUUUAAUUUUGAUGAAGUGUUUUCAUUAA